GUCUGCCCUCCAGGAGCGUGCGGCGUGAGCCCCCGAUUACGGUACAUCAAAACUGACGCUCGCGGAGUGUGGACCUGACCGCGCCGCAAUUCUCGACAACAGCAGGAGAGCGAAGGGAUAAGGGUCGGGCUCUUUUAUUGUGUUGGAUGUGAGCCAGCUGUGUCAGGCUUCUCUCUGACGGAGUCACAAGAUUCAGGUGGUCGUACUGUGUAUUGAGGCAUCUGUCAACAGUAAGCGGUGUAGCACCCAUGAAGCAUCUUGCAUAUUCCCUUUGAUGUCACCAAUAUGGCAAGAUCCUGUCACAAACAAACCUGAAGCAACUCUUGGAGAGGUGAUGGAGCACGAUAAGGUGUUGACCAUGAUGGGAAAUAUCUUCAGAUUUUCUUUUCAAUUUCAAAAUAGGAUCAUAAGGAAGUCCAUUAUUUCGACAUGGCAGGACUUCCCAUGAAAGCCUGGUCAUAGACUUUCAAAUGCUGCCACUAUUGGACAACCCAACAAAGUGAACAGCGAUGCCUUCUAAGGUUUCCUGUUUGUACUUGCUGACGGUAGUUUGCUGGGCCAGUGCUUUAUGGUACCUAAGCGUGUCCCGCCCAUCCACGUCCUACGUGGGCCAACUGAACAUCCCGAUCCGCAAGAUACCCAAGGUGAACAAGAACGCUACCCUCGGCAACUACCGCGCUCGAUCCCUAAACCCGCAUGACUUCGGCUACCUCAUCAACGACGCCAAGAAGUGCGAAGCGGAGACACCGUUUCUGGUAAUCCUGAUAAGCACCACUCACAAGGAGUUUGACGCGCGGCAGGCCAUAAGAGAAACGUGGGGGGACGAAAGUACAUUUCCUGAUGUCCGCGUGGUCACGCUCUUCUUGCUGGGUCGCAGCACGGAUGCCGUCCUUAAUCAAAUGGUGGAGCAGGAGAGCCAGAUCUUUCACGACAUCGUGGUUGAGGAUUUUAUCGACUCCUACCACAACCUGACGCUCAAGACGUUAAUGGGCAUGCGUUGGGUUGCUACCUAUUGCUCUAAAGCCCAAUACGUUCUCAAAACAGACAGUGACAUCUUUGUCAAUAUGGAGAAUCUGAUCUACAACCUCCUAAAGCCUACCACCAAGCCCAGGAGGAGAUAUUUCACAGGUUACGUCAUCAACGGCGGGCCAAUCAGAGACAUGCGGAGCAAGUGGUACAUGCCGAGAGACUUGUACCCAGACAGCAAGUACCCUCCGUUCUGCUCCGGUACGGGCUACGUGUUCUCGGCAGAUGUAGCCGAGCUCAUCUUCCGAACCUCGCUGCACACCAGACUGCUGCAUCUGGAGGACGUGUACGUAGGCGUGUGUCUGCGGAAACUGGGGAUCCACCCCUUCCAAAACAGCGGUUUCAACCACUGGAAAAUGGCGUACAGCCUCUGCCGCUACCGCCGAGUGGUCACCGUCCACCAGAUCUCCCCCGAGGAGAUGCACCGCAUAUGGAACGACAUGACCAGCAAGAAAAACCUUAAAUGUUAACAGUGCUCCUGCAGCCUCACUCUGUGAGUUGAGGAGCUAUUUAUUGAUUGACCUUCUAUCUCCUGCUUUUCCAACAUUGGCAAACACUGUACAUCACAAACGACUGCGCUGAAAGGGGAGUAUCGACGGACCGUUCAGGGCUUUGUCCAAAUACUGAUUGGUUUGCCGAGAAUUUCUCUAGCACAAGGCCAAACAUGCCUGUCUGUAUUCUUUAUCUCUUCAAGUGUUUUCAAGUUAACCUGGCCUUGCACACUGGCUCGAAUGGCAGAACUUUAAUCAACCAAAGUAUAAACUAUCAGUAGCUACGUUUUCAUGGACAUGUUUAUUCUAGGGCUGUCAAACGAUUAAAAUUUUUAAUCGAGUUAAUCACAGCUUAAAAAUUAAUUCAUCGUAAUUAAUUGCAAUUUAAACCAUCCGUAAAAUAUGCCAUAUUUUUCUGUAAAUUAUUGUUGGAAUGGAAAGAUAAGACACAAGAUGGAUAUAUACAUUCAACAUACUGUACAUAAGCAGAGGCGUCGCGUCCCAUUAGGCAGCCAGCAGGGGGCCCCAGAGGCCCAAUAGAUUUAGCACAAGCAGCUUUACUGCACUGUCGCACUUGUCGGUGCAGUGAAAGCCUUGUGUCUGAGUUCCCUGAAGGGACCCCUUCACUCGCUCUAUACACCCCUCCCCCCACCUCCCUCACGUGACUCAGAGUGAGAGUGACCGGCGAUUUGGCUUUUUUUAAUUGGCGUAUAUCCAAAAUGAAAAGAAGUUAUCCUUCUGGAAGCGACAAAUGAAAGAAAAAAAAAGCAGAAUGUGUUACUGUAGUUUUAUGUCCUAAUGUAGUAGAAGCACUUUGAGUGUCCUAAAAAGCGCUCUAUGAGACCGAGCCGUUAUUAUAGUUUUAUUAAAUAUGCUAUUGCUCCAAGUCCAACUAUCCCCCUUACUUGCACACGCUCGAAGGGCCCCAUGUUGCUUUUUGCCUGGGGCCCCCGGGGACCCUUGCAACACCUCUGUACAUAAGUACUGUAUUUGUUUAUUAUAACAAUAAAUCAACAAGAUGGCAUUAACAUUAACAUUCUGUUAAAGUGAUCCAUGGAUCGAAAGACUUGUAGUUCUUAAAAGAUCAAUGUUAGUACAAGUUAUAGAAAUUUUAUAUUAAAACCCCUCUUAAUGUUAUCGUUUUAAUAAAAUUUGUAAAA